AUCACCGACGUGUAUUUUUAAUCUCAGGCAUAAAAGAUUAUCUUUUAUCUAAAAUUUACCUUCCGCGACUAUUAAACGUAAGCCCCUCCAAAAAAGUAUUUUUCGCCCCUAAAAAAAUUUAAAUAGGUGAAAACUUGCAAACUUACACUGUAUCGCCUUGGAGAAAAAGCUCCGGUCUCUCCUUCAGGAGGUUAUCUUUUAUCCAGAUCAGUAAACGUUUCAAAGUCCCUGCCGAGUAAUAAAAAUUAUAAAAAAAACUCAAGAAAGAAAUCCGUGAGGAGAAAAUAUUGACUUACAUUCCUCGCCAGCAGAUACGAGUUAUCUGCAAAAACCGUUAUGUCGGAAACGAGCGAAGCUGUGGAGAAGCCGCCAGAGGAACCUGUGCCAGCAGGUGAGCGAGAAGAAGACGUAGACGAUGGACAGUCCGAAGACACCGUCGUGGUUUCGAAAAAAAGUUCCGAGAUUUCGAUGAUAGAAGACCAGGAAAUGCCGACUUUUAGCAGCGUUUCGAGUUUGACGAAGCCUAAUAAUUCACAAUCAGUUUCGACACAUGAACAGCGGAUGGACGAUGUUCCUCCAGAAAGGGAUCGCACUCCAAGCCCGGAACCCAGUGACGAACAAGAUAAUGAAAGCAUUUACGUCGUUUCUUCGACUGCUGACACUGAUCAAAAUCCAGAUGAUAUCGAGGACGAAGAGGAAGAUGAUUACGAUUCAGAAGACAUGAUUGACGAAGAGGAUGAUGAUGAAGACGAGGACGAUUAUGAUGCUCGAGAUGAUUACGAUGGAGAUCGUUAUGAGCGAGAAUCGGAUGAAUUUGAAGCGGACCGUUAUGAAAGAGCCUCCGAUGAUUUUGUGCUUCGCCACACCAAUAGCAUUAAAAAAAUUCACAAGGAGCGAAGUCAGUCUCUGCAAGAUUUGUCGGUCGUUGAAGCUCGUAAUAAUAAAAGACGAAAUUCGGGCUUUGCUUGGGAGAGAUCUGGGAUUAAGAAAAAUCCCUACAGUUAUCAGUCUCCGCAAUCGAGACCCUAUCAAGGAUCAGGAAGAUAUGAACAUGUUGAGAGCAAGGUUAAACGUUACAUCCAGGAUAUUAAAGAACAAACGAAGUUGUCGACCUAUGAGCAAUAUAUGGGCGGUAAAAGUUCCGGAUAUGGAAAAUCUAAAGAUUCUAAAGAGAAUAGACGAAAGUCGUCAACAGGUAGUAGGAACAUAAAAGAUUACGCAGAAAAGGUGAUAAAAAAAUUGGAACGCGAGGAAAGUCCCGAUGAUGAAAAUCCAACAUAUGCGACGUUAGAGCCAAUGGAAAAUGGCGAGGAACCUCUGACCUUGCGCCUGUCCUCUGACAGAAUCUCGACUGACUCAAAUAUGCCCAUGGAGGUGGACAGUUCUUCACCCGAUAAGCAAAAUCGUGAAGAUAAAGUCGGCAAAACGAAUGGAAUCAUUGAAUUUAGUGCAGAAUCCUCAGUGACCUGCACGCCCAUAAUAAAGGGAGUUUCUCUGAGCCACGUGAAUGGCACGGAAUCAUCGAACGACCUGGUCAAUCUGCGAACACUCAGUUACGAGGAAUAUAUGCGCGGACCCGUUCCCGAGGAAGUCGAGGUCGAAUCCAACGACGUGUGUUUAAUAUCACCCGAGAAAACAUCGCCCAAUCUGAAGAGCAAUGCCAAUUCCAUAAAAAUCACGAAUGUGCGAAGCAAUCAUGAGAUUUCGGAAGACUAUGAGGAUGAUGAGGUGUACGAGGAGAAUCUUGAGAAUUCUGUGAAUGAGGUGCAUCAAAGUCCGGAGAAAAUUAAAGCCGAGAGUCGUGAAAUCAGUAUGUUGCGAGCCUCGCUCAAUCAGAGAAAUGCGCAAUUCGACUGUUUGCAGGUGGCUUAUCAGAAAACAGUCGAGGAGAAUGUCGCGAUGAAGCUGGAGCUCGAGAGUUUAAAAAAGGUGCUGAAAGAACACGAGAAGAGUAAGAGUCGUGAGAGAAAGUCGACGAGCGUGCAGACCGAGAAUCAGCAGCCUGCUGCUGCUGCUGCUGCUGCUGCUGCUGCUGCUGUUGAAGAGGCUAAAAUGGACACCUUGGCGGCGGGAAAACCCGAUAUUAAACUCUCAAUUAGUAGUAUUAAUUCGGCGGUGAGUUCAAUUCAUCAGUGGUCAGAGAGCGCCCCCAGUCCGGCUAUUUCCAUCCAAUCGCCGGACGUGAGAAAAGCUCUGAAUUCGGAUGACAGUAGUGUUUUUGAGAAUACGCCGAAAAAAUUGCCGCGUACAUUCUCACGAGCUUUUAUCACGUCCUCGCGAAUUCUGCAAACUCUGUCGAAUAUCACUCAGGGUAAAACGAGUAUUAGUAGUCCACUUGAAAAAAGUGGCGAGUCUCAGGCCCAGGAACAGGAGGCCUCGACUUCCGGACAGACGCCCCUUAAUUCGAAGAAGCGAAAGGCCACGGAAUUGGGAGCAACUGCCUUUGAGCAGCCCUUUAAAAUACCGCAUACUCUGGGCUCGGGAUCGGCGCGAAAGAAGGUGGUGAGUCAGGAUUCGGGCAAUGAGACCACUUCGCAGAUGAAUGGAUUGCCCUCGGAAAGUGAUGAGUGUACGGAAAAUGGGACCAAGGAUAAUGAUGAUGAUGAUGAUGAUGAUGAUGGUGAGCGCGAUGAGGGAAAUAUGAAAAAAUCGGAUCUUGGGGAUGGAUUGAAGUACUUUAUUUAUAAGGACGAUGAAAAUAGCAAAGAUCGGAGCUUUUUGAUUCAGGCGGAAGAUCCGGGAAAGGUGCCGAAUAAAGGAAUUGUACGUGAAUGUGGGCCGUAUCUUUUAGGCAAUUUGGAGGUCAGGAUGACUGAAGUGAACGGGACAAUUAACAUCUGGGGCAAAGAAAUUAAUCUGGAAUCGACGACUGAGGAAUUCGAAAUAUCUGCCAAGUCAGCUGAUUUGAAAUCGGGUCUUUGCUGGCAAAAGACACCGCACACAAACUUGUUGAAUAACAGCAGCAGCCCUCUGCUCUAUUCAAGCACCAGAAGGCCAAAAUCCCAGUCUCGCUUCUUCAGCGACUCCAUAAUUUCUAAAUUCUCGAAUUCCCCCGGAAGUAGCAGCAUUCCAAAGUAUUCUUCGCCCAAGGUGAACGAGCGACCCUCUCGCAGACGAAGUUCCCUCACAGCUGACGACAGCUACAAUUGCAAUUCGCGAUCCCAUCGGCUUUCCUGGUCGGGCUGCAAACACCUGAUGGAGGAGCAGAAACACGCCUGCUGUUCUCACAGUCCCGAAAUGAAUAAUUACGAGAGAUGUGGUGGCUGCAAUCACCACAAUUUGACGAGACGCGCCGACUGUCAUCCCUGCAAUCGUGUCCAGAGCUGUGCAGCAGCAGCGCCAGCAGUUGGGGACUUUCGAAGACAUUCCUUUUCAGCUGGAUUCGAUGAUCACUCCUCGACAAGGAGAGAGUGUUCAGCUUAUGGCUUGUCAAAAGUUGCGCAAAAGCACGAAAGUACCUUGAGACAGCAGCAGCAUCAUCAUCAUCAUCAGACAGCUGCUCAUCACUGCCGUCGAUCCUUUCACGAUAAUGAUGAUGAUGAUGAGGAGGAGGAGGAGGAUGGUUGCCAGCAGCAGCAUUUUGCAAAGCAGUGCAACUUGUCGAGAGAAUUUGCACAUUCCUGUAAUUCUAAGCCCGUGACAAUGCAAAAUAAUGAGUACAGCAGGGAAAGCUGUUCUAAUAGAUGCUGCCAGAAUCGAAGCGCCUCGACUCAGGAUGAAGAUGAUCCGUUGAUUUCGUCACAGAAGUCGAAUGAACCGCCAGAGGUGCGAAAAAGAAGACUCAGCGGUAAAAAAGUACGAGGUCUCUUGAUGGAUUUGCUGAAGGGAUGCGGGGAUUGUCGAACUCCCAAUCCCGCGAAUAUGAGCAAGUCAGGCCUGCGAGGUGGAGAGGCAAGUUACACGCCUACUGCUUGUCCACCCGAAAUAAUCGUAACUGCUUGUUCGCCUCGAGCUUCCUGUUCAGAUCAGACUCAUUCGGUGGAAAAAAACAGGUGUUGUGACACUUGCUCUCGUCGAAUCGAAAUGACAACGGAGAUUGAAACCCAGUUAGAAUUCUUUCGUGUUGAAAUGGAAAGACUUCGCUCGCGCUCGGAUGCUCUACUAGACAAGCUCAGCAUGCUGAAGUCCACAGAAUGAUGUUAAUUAAACCGAUCUAUCUAUCUAUAUCCUAUACGCGCAUUUCUCUUAUGUACAUAAAAUGGUUUUCUUUUUUACGCUGGGUCUCGAACCACGAUACUUUUAGUUUCUUUCGUUUUCCACAAUCAUCUGUAGGAACCACAUGGUGAAUUUCUUAAUAAAUAAAACAUACACUUAUCUGUAUUGAAA